GGAAAUAGUGGAACAUAUGGUCCAGCACUUUAAAACACAGAUCUUUGGGGAUCGGAAACCAGUGUUUGAUGGAAGGAAGAAUCUUUAUACAGCUAUGCCCCUUCCGAUUGGGAGGGAUAAAGUGGAGCUGGAGGUCACGCUGCCAGGAGAAGGCAAAGAUCGCAUCUUCAAGGUGUCUAUCAAGUGGGUGUCCUGCGUGAGCCUGCAGGCGUUACACGAUGCACUUUCAGGGCGGCUGCCCAGCGUCCCCUUUGAGACGAUCCAGGCCCUGGAUGUGGUCAUGAGGCAUCUACCAUCCAUGAGGUACACCCCUGUGGGCCGCUCCUUCUUCACCGCGUCUGAGGGUUGCUCCAACCCUCUUGGUGGGGGCCGAGAAGUGUGGUUUGGCUUCCAUCAGUCCGUCCGACCUUCUCUUUGGAAAAUGAUGCUGAAUAUUGAUG